GCUGUGGUGAGGGAAGGGAAGGGACUCGAGGCAGCGCCGCCCCCGCCCCGGCCGGCAGUGAGGCUGCGACGGAGCCCGGCUGCGGAUCGCACGGCCCCGGCGCGGCGCCCGCCCGCCCGGCUCCCAGCCCGCCUGCCCUCGCUCCCUCCAGCUCCUCGUCGCAGCGUCGCCCUCUCUCUCGCCCGGCCAGAUGAUGAACUUUCUGCGGCGCAGGCUCUCGGACAGCAGCUUCAUCGCCAACCUGCCUAAUGGCUACAUGACCGACCUGCAGCGGCCCGAGCCGCAGCAGCCGCCGCCGCCGCCUCCCUCGGCCUCCUCGGCCCCUGCCUCGGGCUCCCCGGCCGCGGAGCGCCGGCAGCCGCCGCAGUCGGCGCCCCCCCAGCAGCAGCAGCCGCCGCCGCAGCAGUCGGCGGGCAGCAGCUUCUUCAGCUCGCUCUCCAACGCCGUGAAGCAGACGGCGGCCUCGGCCGGUCUGGUGGAUCCGUCCUCCGGCGGCUCCUCGGCCGCCGGCAGAAAGUUCAAGCUGCUGCUGGUUAUCGACGAGCCGCACACGGACUGGGCCAAGGCUUUUCGUGGAAAAAAGGUUCAUGGAGAAUAUGACAUAAAGGUUGAACAGGCAGAAUUUUCAGAAAUCAACUUGAUAGCCCAUGCUGAUGGCAAUUAUGCGGUAGAUAUCCAAGUAUUUCGGAAUGGCACUAAAGUCGUCAGGUCAUUCAGGCCUGAUUUUGUCCUUGUUCGACAACAUUCAUUCAGUAUGGCAGAAAAUGAAGAUUUCCGAAACUUGAUCAUUGGGCUGCAGUAUGCAGGCAUCCCUAGCGUCAACUCCUUGGAAUCCAUCUAUAAUUUCUGUGACAAACCAUGGGUGUUUGCCCAGCUGGUGUCCGUCUACAAAUCUCUAGGUCCAGAGAAGUUCCCUUUAAUUGAGCAAACGUUCUAUCCAAAUCAUAAGGAAAUGCUAACAAUGCCAACAUUUCCUGUUGUUGUGAAGAUUGGACAUGCUCAUUCAGGCAUGGGAAAGAUCAAGGUAGACAACCACUACGAUUUUCAGGACAUAGCCAGCGUGGUAGCACUUACUCAGACCUACGCCACUACUGAACCCUUCAUAGACUCCAAAUAUGACAUCAGGAUCCAAAAGAUAGGCAGUAACUACAAAGCAUACAUGAGGACUUCCAUAUCCGGAAACUGGAAGACAAACACGGGCUCUGCAAUGUUGGAACAAAUUGCUAUGUCAGAUAAGUACAAGCUUUGGGUUGACACCUGUUCUGAAAUAUUUGGUGGUUUGGACAUCUGUGCUGUUAAAGCUGUACAUGGAAAGGAUGGAAAAGAUUAUAUUUUUGAGGUAAUGGACUGUGCAAUGCCUCUGAUUGGUGAGCAUCAGACUGAAGACAGGCAACAUAUAACUGAACUAGUCGUAAGCAAAAUGAACCAAAUGUUGUCCAAAACUCCUAUACCAUCUCCUCAGAGACCCACUGCCACUCAGCAGCCUCAGAGUGGAUCACUAAAGGAGCCAGAGCCAAACAAAAUCCCACCUCAGCGACCACCACCUCAAGGGGGCCCAGUGCAACCCCAAGGAAUGCAAUCACAAAGCCAGGAGCCAUUGCAGCCACAGCGCAUGUACCCCCCUGGGCAGGCAGCAAAGCCCUCAGCUUCCCAGCCACAGCGUCCGCCUGGACCUACAACCCAGCAACCGCGUGCCCAGGCUCAAGGUCCCUCCAGCACCCGAUUAGCAAAGGAAGCAGAACCACAGCCUGCGCCACAGCCACAGCCCGCGCCACAGCCACAGCCCGCGCCACAGCCACAGCCUGUGCCACAGCAGAAGCCUCAGUCUCAUCCCCAACUUAACAAGUCGCAGUCUUUGACAAACGCCUUCAGUUUCACAGAAUCAUCCUUCUUCCGAUCAUCUGUGAAUGAAGACGAAGCAAAAGCUGAAACCAUUCGAAACCUGAGGAAAUCUUUUGCUAGUCUUUUUUCUGAUUAGCCUGCUUCAUCUAAAUGCACAUAGCAUAUAGUCUAAAAACUUUGUGAAUGUUACAUAGGUUUUGUUUUCCCUGUGACAGUAUCCUUCUCUCCUGUGCUAACUGUUGUAUUAAGCAAUAUGUUAAACUUACACAAAACCAGAAGAAGGACUUUGUUGAGAUUCCAUUCAGGAAUGUGUAUAGAGGUAAAGAAAGAAGAGUUCUAUUACUAACACAGAAUGCCAAAUUCUGUGGUCCUUAUCUAUUGUAAUAUUGUGGCCUUACUGUGACUGAACUAUAUAAUCCUAUUUGAGACUCCUUUGUAGAACUGUGUUAAUAAAGCAUUGAGUUAUGGGUUUCUUCUUGCUUUACCCAUUUCCAAUGCAUUGCAAUGCAUGUGUAUUUUGUGCGUAAAUGUUUUGUACUGCAGGAGUAUAGUCUUGGUUUGUUCUUGCCUCCCAAAUUUAGGAGGCAAUUCACACUGACAUUCUUGUCAAGCUGCAUAAAUAGUGUGAGAAGGUGAAGCAGUUUCUUCUUCCUUAUACAAUCUUCCCAUCAGCUGAUUGUAGACUUCUGAUGUAUUGCUGACAGUUAUCAGUACACAAAUUAAUGUCCUAAGUAGAGUGUAUAUGUACUACUGUAUCUCCAUAUCUAUUUAAAUUUAUUUCCAAAUUGUAACCAUAACUGGUUUUAGUUGCAAAGAAUAUGCAUGAUGUUACCCUUAUUUUUGUGAGCACCUUCUAAUAAAUGUAAAGUCCCAGCCUGAUUUAAAAAAUGUCUUUGACAAAGCUUGUUUC